AUGGCUCCAGCAGUGAGAAGUUCACUUCCCAUGAAAACUUUGCGAUCGACUACGGUGGCUGGUAUCUCACGGGUAUUCUGGCACCUAUUCCGGAUCUCGCUAGCCUUCGCCUUUCUAUUUAUCGACAAUUCCAUUUUACUAGCUAGUCUGGUGCUUGCCCGCUUUCGCUCAACAUCAGACCGACGUCGAGAAGUUUUACAGGAUGUUCAAUUUUACCCCAAAACUGUCCUGAUCACUGGAAUCGGUACUACCUCGAGUCUUGCCCUUGCACGGGCUUGGGAGGCAGCCGGCCACCGAGUUGUCGGUGUGGACGUGGCGGAUCUUGAUCUUCCCGUUCGGUCUGGUGGGGGCAUGUCAAAGACUCUGAUCGCGUUUUACCGAGUUCCGAAAGAUCACUAUCUUUCGAAAAUUCUCGACAUAAUCCAGCGAGAAAAGGUGGAUAUCUGGAUCCCAUGCUCUCCGAAAGCAUCUGCCUUUGAAGAUGCUACUGCUCGGCAAGUGGUGGAGCGUCGCACUAAUUGCAAGUGCAUCGCCUUCGAUACAGAAAUGACGAUGUGUUUCCGGGAUUCAGAUCUAUUUCGCCAUUACCUGACCGAUAAGAAACUUCCGCUGGUUGAGUGCCAUCAAGUGCAGUCGCGCGACUCUAUCCACAGAGUUCUGAACCGAUCACCAAGGAAAUCCUACCAGAUGCGACGCUUGACUGCAAGUCCUAAGGAAACCGCAGUGGUUCUACCGAAACGCACUCUGAGCAAGACGUAUUCGGAUGUCAGUGAAAUACAAAUUUCUCCGGACUGUCCUUGGGUCUUGCAGCAGCAAACGCGCCUCGGAGAGUUCUUCGCUGACUUGCUGGUCGUUCGAGGCUAUGUUCAUGCCAUCAAAGUUCGACUUGUAGAGGCUCGUUCUCCACACUGGGGCGCCUCGCGACUGGAUGAAGCUCUAGCCAAAGCUGUUCAUCGGCUUAUGCAAACAUUUGCGGAGAAAGGUGGUGCUCGCAUGACGGGUCAUAUCUCGGUGCGCCUUCUAGUUGAUGAGGAGUUCGAUACUUCAUCAGUGCGCCACACUAUCCACAUCGCAGAAUGUGUCCCUGGGGCUGUAGCUUUGGAGAAUCUCCUCCGUGAUGCACGAUGCCCCAUCCAGGGAUAUUUGGCAGUUUUAUCCCAUGAUCCCAUUGAGCCUGCGACGUGGAGCGUCCCUACAACGCUGUCGCCCAAUCCGCACUCCCAACCAACCAUCGUGGACCAUGAAUUUGUCGCCCGAUUUAUCUCCAAAUUCAUCUCCCUUCAGUUUGCCAAGCGAAUGAUCGCUCUCUUCCAAUCAGAGAUUGUGCCGUUCAUAUUCUGGAAAGAUGCUCAAUUCUCUCGGGAUGAUCCAAUUCCAUGGUGGUGGCAUGUGCAUGUAUACCAGCCUUUACGUGAGGUAUGGCAACUCGUGAAACAGACACGAGAGGCUGGACUGGGGGAAAUUUCACUUGCAGAGUGA